AUGGGCAGCUUCGACGAAGCGGAAGUUUGUGAGCUUAUCGGACUUUUCCUCCUGAACAACCUUAGCGAGAAAUACGGCAAAAACAACGUAGGACUCUACAGAGACGACGAGCUGGUACUUCUAAGAAACGCAAGCGGGCCACAAUCAGAAUGGACUAGAAAGGAAAUCAGACGAGAAUUUAAGAAACAAGGACUGAACAUUUCUAUAAGCACAAACCAAAAAAUCUGCAACUUCCUCGACGUCACCCUAAACCUUACGGACGAACCCACUACCUAUACAGAAAACCCAACAACGAAACUCUCUACAUCGACACCAAUUCCAACCAUCCGCCGACAAUAA